AUGGAUCCGAAUGAAGUUGGACAGCGAGCAGGUGAAAGGCCAUCCCAACCAGUUAGGGUUUUAAAGGGACAGGGCCGAGAUAGGGAGGUGAAUGAUAAUCCACCAAUACCGGUGGACGAUAUCUUAUUAGCAAGGGCUAUAGCCUUAGCCUUUCAGAAUUUAGCGAGAACCACAGCUCCUCAAGUGGCACCACAACCGGCUAUUCAGCCACAGAAGACGGAGAUAGAGCGGAAUCUUCGGUACCUUAUUCAGUUUGACAAACUUAUGAAAGUAACAUUUGAGGGAGGUCCAGAUCCGUUAGUUGUAGAUGUUUGGCUUGAUGAAGUUGAGAAACAUUUCAAGGCAAUAGUUGUACCCGAUGAUCGGUUAAAGAUCACCUUAGCCACGUAUAUAUUUGUUAGCGACGCGGCAAUAUGGUGGAAGACCAUGACUAGUGCACAUGAUAUUGACAGUAUAAGUUGGGAUGCAUUCAAGAGUCUCUUCUUUAAUAAGUAUUUUUUGCAGACUAAGAGGCGAGAAUUGAGGACGCAGUUUGACGGACUUGAACAAGGUGACAUGCCAGUGACAGAGUAUGAGAACAAGUUCACUUCCUUUUCAUGUUUCGCUAUGGAUGUGCUAGGGAACGAAGAAGAAAAGACAUGGCGUUUUGUGUACGGCCUAAAUCGUUUUAUUAGGCCAGGGGUGACACUUUUGGGAUUAAAGAGAUAUUCGGAGGCGAUUACAAGAGCACUAAUGGCAGAGGCAGAAGCCAAGGACUGGCAAGUAAGGUGUGGUAUUGUUGGUCCUCAGGAACGAGGUACGAGUAUGGGUACUUUUUCUGGGAACCAAGACAAGAAAAGGCACGGGCGUGCUUCAGUGUUAUCUCAGGAGCAGCGAAUGGCAGGUACUACUCCUAUUGUUGGUGCUUCUUUAGGGUCUUCUAGGGCGAGUGUGGUAUGUUAUGAUUGUAGACAGCCAGGACACAGCAAGGCGGAGUGUCAUCUUGAUCAACCUAGUUUCAAAGUUUAUUUUUGGUGUGAUCAGUUAGACCAUAUAAAGAGGGACUGUCCACAGAGGAGAUGA